AUGUCGCCCCAGCUGUCAUUCCCCGUGGUGAGCCCCCUUCUCUCGCAGCCCCCGGAUCUCGAUGUGCACCUGGAGAUCCAUCACACCAGCAGACGCAUCAUCGACGGCGGGCGUGCGACCGGACAAGGCCCUCCGUCGUUGGCCAGCCCUCUGCCUCCGCUAGCCGCCGUCCGUCUGCGCCAAGAAGAAGGCUGCUGUCAUUGA